AGAUGUAUAAAACUCGCCACAAUAAGGCUAAGUUUAUGGAUCAAACAUUUUUUAUUUACAUUUUUGAUUCAGUUAGGCUUCAAACAUGAAAAUAGAUUUCCGUAUACCCUGUGAUGUAUGUGGUUAUGGUCUUAAGAGAUUGUGCUGUGAUGGUACAAAAGUAGGAGUUGGAUUUCGGAAUUCAAAUUAUUAGGAAAUUACAGAAACAACCAGGCUUUGGGCAUUAAUAAUACGCUGCAUCGUAGAAUGGAUAGAUGUUUUUUGAAAAAUUUGAAUCGAAUAGGCAAACAAGAAAUGAUUAAGCUUCGAACUACUUUAGAUUACAUUGCUCGGAAAGAACUGAAUGAAAUUAAAGAGAAUGAAAUUAUUCCAGAGAAGGAAUUAUUGGACCGUAUCAAGUUGUUAAAACAAGCACUGCCCUCUGAAGUUUUGGGUUCCUUCGAAAGAUUUUAUCAAAUGAGUGAUAAUGAACAAGUUUCAUAUUCAAAUGUGUUAAAAAAGCUAGCCACAACAGCGUACAUUACAAGCCUUGUACCCCCUGCAUAUUGUUACAAAAUUAAACAAUUAUUAAAUAGCCCUAAUAUUGAAAAUGAUCGAAAUGAUAGUAUUGUUAUUGAAACUCGUUCGUUUGCACUUGAACUAAGAGAUUUAAUUUGCGAGUCUUUAAUAAGCAACAAUGAAAUAUUGUCAGAUGACAUUAGAUUAUUUUUGCAAUAUCUAAUUAAUGAAUCAAUGUCAUUGCAAGUUACUGAACCAGAACCACCUGUACCUCAAGUGGGCACAUGCAAUCCUGAAAAGUUUGGAAGGGCCUAUUAUUUUAAUGAAUCUGGGUUAAAGUUAAGAAGUGUAAGAAAGUUUUACAUUGACAAUGACAGCUGUGUUAAAAGAAAUACAGAUCAUGACGAUACGACUUUAGAAUUUGAAAAAUGUCAAAAGCUUUAUUCUAAAGUUCAAACUUCUGCUCGAGGAACAUCAACAUUAUUUCUUUGGUUCUUUGCAGACCAUGGCCAUUGGUAUGGUUUUCAAAUGACUGGGGCAGAAGGAAGAAACGAUCCCGCAUUAUCACUCUAUAGCUACUUAGAAACCCCUCCACAAGACGUGUUUUAUGACUUUGCAUGUAAUUUACAAGAACAUUGCCUAAACAGAUAAAGUGGAUACUAUAAAAAUGUACGUUUUUUCAUGACAUUUUCCAUGGCUACUCCCACAAAUGUUCUAGUGCUUUUACAGCUAGCAGACUUCAAGGCUUUGAAUCUGUAAAUUCUGAAAUAUGUGAACAAUUCAACAGCAUUAUACAGUGCAUUAAAAGGUCGGCCCGUCAGAUGUCACAGUCACACUUUUGCUUUUACCUACAAUUCUUUUUAAAUGAAUGGAAUAAGAAGAAAAUGUUUUCAUAUGAAACAAAGAUUUGCUUAAGCUGGGUUAGUUUAAUGUGAUACUUAAAUGAUCUAUAUUUUUAAGUUCAUCUGAACUUUGAAUACUUACUAUUGCAUCUUUUGAUGCUUUUUUCUAUUAAAGACUGAGCGAGUAAACACAUAAUAUGUAUUAUUAUGCAAUAAUUGUUUUGUAUUAUAUCUCAACUGAACAUAAAGUGCUCAUGGUGAGCUAUUGUAAAUGGUCUGGGUCCGUCAUGGGUCAACAUUUUUUACUUAAACAACAUCUAACCUCUGUGCCAAUCUAAAUGAAACAUGGCACGAGUUUUCUUGCAUGAACCUCUUUCAAAGUUGUUAAAUGAAAUGCAUUCCAUGCAUAAAUCUGGUUGCGAUGGCAACCAAAAGGAAAGCUUAUAAAUUUGGCAUAAAACAUCGUCUGGUUGACCUCCACCGUGAAUUUCAAAAUAUGCUAUACCCAACUCACAGGCAAAUUUGUCCUUAUUUGCUCAUAGUGAACACUUCUCUUAAAUGGCCAGGAGAGUUCAAGUUUAUAGACAAAAACAACAGUCAGAUGAGCGAUAUAGUGACAUAAUGGCACCUUUAUAGCUGAAUCAUAAAUGAAAAAUUGUCAAUUAUAUGUUCUGUGACUUGUAUGAUUUGCAGUAUUCAUUUCGCUGUCUUCAUGCACCUUACAAAAGCCAUUUUAUUAUCAGUGUUCGUGAUUCUGUCGUAGCAUUUAUUCUUGAAAUUCGUUGUUUUUCAUAUUUUUCCUUAUUGUUAUGCUCACCGAAAUAAAAUUUCGGCGGAGCAUAUAGUUGCCAGUUGUCCUUCUUUACUACUUUCUCAUGGCACCUUCAAUUCUUUACCGAUCUCUUUCAUAUUUGGCAUGUAGGUACCUUGCAUGGACCUUUACCUUUUGAUGAGGUCACUGGGGUCGAGGUCACCAAGGCUAAUAAUAGAUUUUUCCGUCACACUCUUGUCACAGUUUCUCAUAGCACCUUCAAUUCUUAACCGAUAUCUUUCAUAUUUGGCAUGUACGUACCUUGCAUGGACCUGUACCUUUUGAUGGCGUUUGAGGUUACUGGGGUCAAGGUCACCGAGGCUAAUAAUAGAUUUUUCCAUCACACUUUUGUUACAGUUUCUCAAAGCACCUUCAAAACUUCACCGAUCUCUUUCAUAUUUGGUAUGUAGGUACCUUGCAUGGACCUCUACCUUUUGAUGAGGUUUGAGGUCACUGGGGU